AUGCCAGUACAAACCAGUCCACCGUCCUUUCCGGACUCAUUCCCUUCUUUCAUGUCGGUCUUUGGGGGUCCACUGCCGUACAAAGAAGACCCCGUUCACCUUCAAUAUCCAACCCAUGUCCCUGUCAACACACGACUGCACCCGUCUCCACAUCGCGAGAGUGUCUCGUCCAUGACCUCGGCCUCAACCGAGUCCUCCCCUACCACCACCAUCUCGCCUUUUGAUUCGCCCGGUGGGGGCGACAUCUCCCCGAGCUCCUCCCCGGAGUCGCCCUCGGCCAUGUCGGUCUCAUAUCCGAAGUUCAUGCCGAACCGUCCGGAGCUCGCUUGCCCACCGGCCCCCGACUUGCGCCUGCCUCAGAACCCGCGACCCGACUCCCCCAAUCGACGGGCGCGGAACCUCAAGAACCUCUCUUUGCGAAUGCCGCCACCGUCGCAGUCCCGACCUCCCAUCGCCACCGCGUCAUUGCUUGAAACAGGCUCAAAACACAACUUCGAUGGCGCAGCGUCGCCGAUUGCGAUCCCCCCCAAGACGUCGAAGCGACGUCCCGCCAACCUCACCAUCCAAACCCCCACCUUCAACAAAUCAUUCGCCAAUGAUGGCGUCCCACCGACUCCGUCUCUGCGACACGCAGAGUCAUCCCCGUCGCUGGCUUCGAUCACCUCCCCAUCGUUUGCGCCAAAGGGAGGGAUGUCGCUCCCGCGCCCAAUGUCACACCACGGCGUUCGCCGCCUAUCGGGUAUCUCCCAGGACUCAUCGAUGAACACAUCUGACGACGCACCCGGCUUCUCUUGCCGCGUGCUUGACGGUCUCGCCGAAGAAGAUGACCGUCUGGACUCUCGCGAAUCGACCAAGAAGAAGGACCGUGGCUACCCCGACGGCCCCAUUCGAAUUCACGAUGCUGGAGUAUAUCUCUACUUGGAACCAACAGCAGAGGAAGCGGCCAGGUUUGAUGUAGUGAUCAACGUCGCCAAGGAAGUCGCGAACCCGUUCAGUGCUACCAAGGAGGAGAAAAAUGAUACGGUGAUGAGCACCUGGCGGAAUGCCUCCAUGGCCUCGAAACGCUUUUCCCGCGGCGAACCGCAGACUGCCAUCUCAGAAAUGUCCUUUAAGUCGGCGUGGGAGUUCCAGCCCUCGGAUUCCGAGGCGGGCACCCCCACGGUGUCGAGCCCCACGGCCUCGGCGCCAGAGUACCUCCACGUGGGUUGGGACCACAAUUCCGAGAUUCUAGAAGACCUGCUUCCACUGUGUGAGCUCAUCGAUGAUCGCAUCGCCGACGGAAAAAAGGUAUUGGUGCAUUGUCAACUCGGUGCCAGCCGCUCGGCCUCCUUGGUCAUCGCCUAUGGCUUGUAUAAGAACCGACAUCUAGAUUUCAACUCGAUGUACGAGGCAGUCAAGGGUCGUAGCCAGUGGGUCGGCCCGAACAUGAGCCUCAUCUACCAGCUCACGGACUUCCGCUCCAAACUUCUCCGCGGAUCCACCUCGAAACCUCCUCCCCAGGAAUGGUUCGUGCAAACUGGUCGCCGAUGCUCAGAGCCCCAGGUGCCCAGAUCUGAGCGUCCCCCCACUCGUGAAUCCAGCAAGCGCGGCCUCAACCAAGCACCUUCCAUGAGCUGUCUGUCAAUUCCGGAGCGAACUUCCAUGCGCCCAACCACCAGCGACAGCAGUUACAUCAAAUUCAAAUCUUAUUCCCCCAAGCGCAGUCUCUCCCCGCGGCCCCUCCCCUUCCGACAAAAAUUCCAAUCCGUUGAACCGGCCUCCGGCCGUUCACGAGGCUUGCCUCGCAGCGCCAGCAGCUGCGACCCUCUUGUCCAAUCCCAGGUCUUUGUUCGCGAUACCCCUGAUGCAGGUGGUAUGUUCUCACCCCGGACCAAUGAAUUCUGCUUCCCAACACCAUUGGCACCGCCGACAUUCCACCGGAUCGACCGCUCCGCGGCCCUCUCCCCGCCUCCCAUCUCGCACUUUGGAGCCGAGCCGGCGGACCCUCGCUCGCCGCCAUCUGGGGGAGAGCCCCUGAUCAUGAGGUCCAUCGACGAAUUCCUGUGA